AUGAAACUUUUCAUAUACAAUUAUGUACUACUAAUUAUAGCUCUAAACUCUGAUUGUAUUCGGAUAUCAUUUGUAAAUAAUCUUAAAUCAUUCAAUGGAAGUGUUAAUAAUUACAGUUUAAGUAGAAUUCAAAAUGAACCUUCUUAUGAAAAAAGGGCAUUGAAGGCUGUGAGUAGGACAGGAGUUUGUGUGCCCGAGGAUGUUGGCCUGUAUGGCAGGACCAUGAUUUCCUACGAGUGCCUGUAUUCAAAGGACGGUCGCACACAGACUGGCGACGAGUGGGAGGCUGAAAUGACUGCGGAAACUAAGGCAAACUUCCCCGGCAAGGACAAGAAGAUAAAGAAGGUCAAGAGGAUCGAUCCCACGCUCCACCUUCCUGACGAAGGGUUCAAAAGGUUCGAGCUCCCUGCGCCCUUUGACUAUACCAAAAUGCUACUGAGGGAGGGCACUCCGUACCUCAGAAUUAGCAUCUGGGCUCCAGGAAUAAAGAGGGACCAGUUUCGAGUAUUUUUAAACUACACGAAGGACAAAAAGUAUCCUGACUCAUACAUGGAAGCGGCUGAGGAGAUUCCGAACUCUCCUGAGCUGAACACAUACUAUGAGACCUGCGAAAGUGAGCCUGUGGAGCCCCAACACAAAUUGUCCUAUCACAGCACCUACAACGACUUGUUCAAUCGGAUGCCGAAACCUGAUUAUGGCUACGCAGAUGUCACCGAUGACAACAUACUGAGGCCCCCUCUAAUAAUGAUCAACUUCCCGAAGAACACGAUUGUUAAUCAGUGGGAACGCGUGACUUUUGCAUCUAAGCGGGACCCUGCUAAGAAUAAGAAGCUACUGAGGAUUCAAAGGUCAUACAGGCCGUUUUCCCAUGUGGACUUGAGGAACGUGUCCUGCGUUUACCGGGACGGCACCCUGCAAAUGUUGUUCAAGCUCACUCAUAUCACUCCUCCUCCUGAGUUUCAGAAUAACUACAGAUUAGCAGUUUCAGAAGAAGGGGAGAUCAAGCCUCCGAAAGUGCUUCCCCGCGAAACCGUCCACGGGUGGAUGUACAACUGGCACAUGUUCCCGAACAGCUACGACCUCAGCCAGGACCUUUCGAAGGCGGAGGUCCCCGAGUUCACCGAGGACAUGAAGCCUAACUUCGUGAACGACAUGACGCCGCGCCAGGUCAGAAAGUUCAUCAGGGAUGUGGACGAAGCGAAAAAGAAGGACAAGUGA